AUGGUAGCUGUGAAGGCGAUCAGUAGUCUAAUGAUGUCUCUUUUCAGUUCUCCGAAUCCUGGGAAGAAGGUGAAUUUAAAGAUCUUGGCCAAUCCCAGAGAUCUGACGCUCACAGAUCCACCAUUUCCUGUGCCUUCUUCGUCUUUUUCUGGACCGCAUGCACAGUUGUCCAAUUCCUGGAUCAAAACGGCGUUUAAGAAAAGCACACAGAAGAUUCCAAAUGCUUCACCUCCGGACGAUGCGCGCAACGUGUGGAAAACGACAGGGUACUUGUUGUAUGAGGUGACCAGAUACGAGUUCAUUCCCUCCAUAUCCAUUGAGGAGUCGGUCGACGACGACAUAUCCAUCGACAUGCUGGACGAAGCGGUAGCUGUCAUGUCCAUCAUCGAGGAACUGGAGGUGGCCGUCAUAUCCAUGGCCAUGCUUGAGGAACUAGAGCCGCCCAUAUCCAUCUUUGUUAGUUUAAGUGGAAAUUGUGCUCAAUUUUUUGGGCCCUGA